GCUGCGUUCACAAACAACCGGUCUGCGUGGGAAAUAUGAAAUGUGAUACUGUUUUGUGUGCGCGUGUGUGUGUGCGCGGGCGUGUCUGUGUUCAGGAUAAACUUACAGCCUUCGUGUUUGACUAACCUGCGGCUCACAGCAGGUGACGCUGUAUCCAUGGUAACAGUAGAUCCAGUCACAGGUGACUCGUUAAGCGUGUACAACAUGACAUGCACACAGAGAGAAGUCUUUAAAUGUGUGCUGUCUGGAGACCUGGAGUCUUUGAAGGAGUUUUUUGAACGCGGGGAGUCUCAGGAGGAAUCGCAGGAGGAAUCGCAGGAGGAGUCGCAGGAGGAGGACGUGUUCGGACUGAAGGACGAGGCAGGGAGAAACGUCCUGUUAACUGCCGCCAUGUUGGGGAGGAGCGCCAUCGUCCAAGAACUGGUCAGACACGGAGCCCGGGUCAACGAGCAGACUGCCGGCGGUUAUUCGUCACUGCACCUCGCUGCCUGUUGGGGACAUCUGGAGACCGUAAGGACUCUGCUUGAACUGGGAGCUGACGCACAGACCAACACCUUCAGAGGGGAGAGGCCUGUAGACCUGGCCAGGAAAUACUCCAAGACAGACUGUGCUGACUGUCUCAUCCUUGCAGAAGCUAAACAGGACCUGGUGUCGUAUCUUGCGUUUGUUAAAGACCUGAUCUCUGACGCAGAGAGGAACCUGACAAAAGAGGAAAAGCUUGAGUGCUUCUCAUCUCUUCUGCAAUUUGUGCACAGAACAUCUGUACACGGGCCUGUUCUGCCAAGUCAGACUGGAUUCAGACUGCCAAACACUCAACAGUUUCAGACUACAGAGCCCAAAGGAAAGACAUUGAGGACACUCUGCAGCCUAUUCUCAGCAAGUUGUCAGCUCAGUCAGCUAAGGUGCCCGUCAAAGCAGCAGCAAAGGUCUAAAAGCAACAAAGGAAGAUCUGUAAAAAUCCAAUAAAAAAAAAUUCAAAGUGUUUCCGGUGUGUAAUAUUUGUUAAUUAGCUUUUGGAAAAACUGAGUUUAGAUCCCCACCUCAGGGACAUACUUGUCUACCUUCAUGUGGAUCUUGCAAUCAAAACUGUAUUUAGGCACUAUUCUAACAUGCUCCACCACUGGACUUUAAAUACACCCUGUGAUGUCACUUCAGCUGCCUGCUACAAUAAGACCAAAGGAGACAAAGCCCAUACCAUCAUGCACACUGAUGUUUUAUUGGAAAUUCACAACAAAAGCAGGAUGAGAGAGAGCAGCUGCACAACAACCUGUUUAUCAGAUCAACUGAGAGACACACACAGAGUAACCCUCCACACAAAUCCACAUAAACAGCCAUAAAACAGCAUGUUACAUGGCAGGAUGACCAUCAUUAUCCGUUACCUCUAUUAAAACGAGUAUCUGUAAGAGCACAGGCGGUUUGGCCGAAUGGAAAUGUUCAUGUUAAGGUUUUUACUUGAGGACUGGCUUUUCCUGCACCAGCCUUUGCAUGCUGCUGCUAUGUAUCAGUGGUUAGAAGCAGAUAGAAAAGUCAGUUUAACUACACCACUAGUUUUUAUCUCUGUCAUUUUAGUCAUUGCAAUGUCGUGACCUGCUUCUGCCUCAGUUGAUCUGGGCCCAGCCGACAAUAAGUUAAAGCCUACCUUAGCUUGAGAGGUAGCACAGAGUGAAAGGUAGUACCAUACGCAUGCACAAAACACAACAAAAGAAAUUUAAAAUGGUUCCAAAAUGGACACUAUCACCUCCAGGUAUCUUAAAUUCUAACAGCAUGCCAGGUUUGUGGACAUUGGUUAACAUGUUGUUAAGAGAGAACUCCUAAAUCACUGUUGAUCAAAAUCGAUGUAGCAGAACCAAAAAUAUCUUUUUUCUUAUUCUAUGUAUCCCCCUCCCCUCAAUACCUCAACCACCAGUCAGAGAUUUGGGUGUUUUUUUUUUUUUUUUGCUAGUGGCCUGGAGCCUUCUCAUCUAGUCACCGAUUUAUUUUUCAUUUUUACACCUGAAGUCUUCAGAACCAACCAACGCUGACUCGAGUGUCAUCACACCGCUCUCCCUGGAGCCACAAAAGGCUUUAAACAACUUCACAUCAGUAGAAUCCUCCCUGCAUUUACGUCCAUACAAACAAAACAAGUUUUCUAUUUGUAAUUUCAAUAUUAAUAUUGAGUUGCUAUUGCAGCAUCACCCUUGCAUAUUAGCCAUCAUUAUCAGAGUGCUGUUGCUCAUGCUGAUCAAAGGCACUCAAAUCAUAAAACUGAAAUUUAGCACAUGAAGUUUUAACCUCCAACAGGAGACUGAAAGCUGCUUCCUGUUCGUGCCAUAACCCUUUUAAACUAUCCAGAUUUAUACCGGCUUAUCUCCAGUCUGUGGAAGAACACGUAUGAACACUGUUAUCUAUAGAAGUUUAUCAGUUUUCCAAAGGCUGCUGAGACAAACUGAACUGAGAACAGGUCACUUUAAAAGGAUCUGACAUGAGCUCGCAUUCUGCUGGUGUUUAGUUUUUUUUCCACUAUUUAAUAUGGUUUCACAGCAAAAAGAAAAGCUGCUCAACACAACACGAAUGUCAGCUGUAGAACCAUCAGUUUAAACAGACCGACACUCUUAUGGCAGACGGUACAGAAAGACCUUCAGGCAGUCUGCAGACAUCGAGGCUGACGUGAUGAGUUAGAGGACCAAAGGUUAUUCAAAAUACAAAACCAUGCAAGUACAUGUGUACGUAAACACAGUGUACAGUCCAGUCUCUGACAUGAUAUGACUAUAACGGGUCAUUUUUGCAUCCAUGACUUUGAAUAGUGCACAGUACAAUAUUCAGAAAUGGUUUGGGAACAGGGUGGAGGGAGUGAUCCGGUCCAGACUUGUUCAAACAGUCCUCAAUAUGACUUUAAACUUCUACCCGAUUCUCGGUGAAAGCACACCUCUGAAACAGAAGUGCUUUUCUCCUGUGUCCAUCCACACAUUGCAUGGAUUGUUUUGUACAUUGUUCUCAGCAGAGGAAAGACCACCCCGCCAUCCAGUCUUUAGUCUGUUCCUACAGGACCUGUCAGCUGAUCCUCUGCUCUCAACGAUCCAGCCAACACAGUGUGUAGUGGAGAGGAAGCGAUGUGUGACGCUGCUUCAAGACUUCAAUUCAAUUCAGUCUGACUCAUUUUAUUUAUUUACAGGAUGUUGAGGAAGAUAAACGAUAAAGACUUCGCACACUCUGACUCAUUAAAAAUGAGCUUCGACUUCUCCCUGCAGUUAUAUUGUGCUGUUUGUGUAACCUUUUAGAGCAGUAAAUUAAACAUUAGUUAUGGCAUGUCCACACCAAAACUUAAGAAUAGGUUUAAU